UUACGAUUAUUAUCUCCCACUACCGCUUGCUCUUUCCAUUAUUAUUUGAAAUAAUUUGAAUACUUAAAAUGUUAUCUCUAUUUAAAUGAACAUACUUACAUACGUAUUUAUGUGUGGUUAAAAUAGCCAGUCAUUGACAUUCAAACCACAAUACAAAAAUUAAAAAUAUACUCAGAUAUAGCAAAAACAAUCAUUUUAUAUAAAUAAUAAACAAUACUCGCAAUAUAAUUAACAAAAUUUUGAAUUAUUUAACCAGUUUUUAAAAUAAUUUAGUACGAGUAGGUUGUUUUAUAGAAGUUCAUUUCAUUUUUCAAAUUUACACUAUUCAAUUUUAAAAAUACAAAAAUAUGGAAGUAGAACCACCGCAAUCAUUGAAAAAGCCAUUAGUUGUUGUCGAAAAAACUAUGAUGGGGCCAGGUAAAAAAAAAUUUUUUAAAAAACAACUUUUAUUUCAUCUAAUAAAGAUGAAAAUAAACAUACAUAAGUAUGUACAUAAGACCUUCAAAUUACCCUCAGAGAGUAAUAGAUGCCCUGGGUAAACAAGUUAUGGGCCACUUGCAUAAAGAAACUUGUGAAAUCAUGGAUGAUAUAAAAGAAGGAAUUCAAUACAUUUUUCAAACAAAAAAUGAAAUAACGAUGUGCGUUAGCGCAUCGGGUCAUGGCGGCAUGGAUGCAACAAUGUGCAAUCUAUUAGAAGAAAACGAUGUUGCACUUUUUGGAGCAACAGGACAUUGGGGCCAUAGAGCGGCUGACAUGGCUAAACGAUAUGGAGCAGAUGUAAGAAUAUUAGAAUCAGAGUUAGGUAAAGCAUUAAGUGUUGAUGAAAUAAAAUCAGCAAUUGAAUUACACAAACCUGUAAUUUUCUUCCUUGCUCAUUGUGACUCUUCAACUGGAGUUGUUCAAUCGUAUCUUGGUGAUAUUGGACUAAUAUGCCGUAAACAUAAUGUAAUAUUUAUUGUAGAUACGGUUGCUUCUUUAGGUGGAAUAGACUUUUUAAUGGAUGAAUGGAAAAUUGAUGUGGCUUACACUGGAUCUCAAAAAUGCUUAGGAGCUCCACCUGGAAUAACACCUAUUUCUUUAAAUGAUAGAGCAAUGUUUAAAAUUACAUCACGAAAAAGUCCUGUAAAAGUUUACUAUUGGGAUUUUAUUUUAAUCGCAACUUACUGGAAAUGCUUUCCCAGUGAACAAAGAAUUUAUCAUCAUACGAUAUCUGUUACGCUUUUAUAUGGACUCAGAGAGGCAUUGGCCAUAAUGGCGGAAGAAGGUUUACAAUCAAGUAUCAGAAGACACACUAGCUGUUCAUUUAAACUACAACAGGGUGUAGAAAAAAUGGGUUUGGAAAUGUUUGUAAAACUACCAUUUCACCGAGCAUCAACAGUUAAUGCAAUAAAAGUACCUGAAGGAGUAGAUUGGACAAAAGUUUCAGAUUAUGCUAUGAACAAAUAUAAACUUGAAAUAAGCGGUGGUUUGGGACCAACUAAAGGAAAAGUUUGGCGAAUCGGUCUUUUGGGAUUAAAUGCUUCUUCGGAAAAAGUUGAUUUAGUUUUAAAAAUUUUAAAGGAAUCAAUAGAAAACACUUCUGACUUUAUUUUUGUUGAUAAAUCAAAAAUGUAAAUAAACAAGAAAAGUAUAAACAUACAGUAAUAUUACAUAUAGUUGCACAUAGA